AAAUGAACAGGAACAGAAAUCACAAUUACUAAAUCUACAAAAUGGGAACAGAGCAAGAAGUGAUGCUGACGACUCAAACUUGGACACCAAUAUUAACUAGAGAAAUAGAUCAGCAUGGGUUUAAUAUUCAGGAAGAACUCGGUAAGGGAUGCUUCUCAACAGUGUACCGUGCUGUGCACAUGAAAUCGGGCAGGGAUGUAGCCCUCAAAGUGAUUGACAAAAACAAAGCAGACAUGAAGAUGGUCGACAACGAAGUGGAAGCACUAAGGCGUUUAAAAGGUUGCCCGAAUGUGUGCGGGUUGUACGAUGUAUUCCAAACCGAGGUGGCGCACGUGUUGGUUCUACAAUACUGUCCUGGUGGCAAUUUGCACAACAGAAUUGUUAUGGGUGGUAUGAUCGAUAAAGUGCAAGCGCUCAGAUGGUUUAUGCAAUUACUAGUAGCCGUGGAGGCUUGUUACCGGGUAGGUGUCAUAAACCGUGACGUAAAGAAUGCAAAUUGUCUCAUCGACUCCCAAGGCAAUUUAUGUCUAACAGACUUUGGCCUAGCAAUAAUCACAAAUAAUCCAUACCAAGAAGUAUUGAAUACCGCCACCGGAUCCUUGGUAUUCGCAUCUCCGGAGGUCUUCUCAGCUAAGAAAGCGGCGUAUAACGGACCUAAAUCGGAGGUGUGGGCGUGUGCUGCUGUAUUACACAGCAUGCUCACAGGCACCCUUCCCUUUCCACAUGCAUCCUACUCAGCUAAUUGGUCCAACUACGAACCGCCGCUGAAUGUACCACUAAUGUUUCAGGAGCUUUUGAUCAGAUGUUUUGCCUUCAAUCCCCUCCACCGCCCCGAUGUGACUGAUAUUCUAGAUUCGAAAUCUCUGUACCAAAUCCUGACUAGAGCGGCAAUGGCCACUAUUAUGCCUCGAGAGCAGUCCACGGUAGAUAUUACCAAGGUGUCUAUUGGUUGUGGUCAACAGGUGUUGCAAGACUCGAAGAAUCAACACCGGAAGCGCACAAUGUCUUUGAAAACAGCUCCCAGCCGCCGGAGGGCAAACACCACUAAUUUAUAUACACACACCGCAGCAGACUCGCAUCGCAUUGUAUAUGCUUGAAGGACAUGGCACCUUCGAUCCCGUGUCACUAGAACACGGGUUAAAUAAUUAGUAAAUGAAAGUAUCAUAUAUAAAGCAUCUCUCGAC